UGGAGAAUAUACUUUCUAAUGAGUCUACCACAAUAAAGGAUUACAAGAAAUUACCAAAGGUUAUCCAGUCAAUGUUUGACUACAAAAGGCCUACUAUAUCGCCGUUGAAGGAUAAGAAAAGCUCUCCAAACUAUAAAAGAGAUGAUGCUGUUCUGCAACAAAAAGUAGAGCUUCUCCAGAUUGAAGUCAAUGAUCUCAGAGAGAGUGGAGAUUUAAAGACCAAAAUGCAUGAUUAAAGACUAUCAGCGCUUUCCAAGUUAAAUCACAACAGAAUCAAGAAGAAGUUCAAGAGCUUACUGCGCAAAUAGAGGAUCUGAAGGAACAACUAGAGGAGUCACUUAAAAACCAAGAGAAGUAUAAGAAAAUGCUUAAGAAGAAAAGUGAUCAGAUAGACUAUCUUAGUACAAAAUUUCAGGAACAAGCUGCCAAAUUUGCCUUAGAAAAGGACAGACUUAUAUGUAGCAUGGAGGACGGACUUGACAACCUCAGAGAUACCUUCAUUAGUAUUUUGAAGAAGGAGAAGAAGAGGGUCAAGGAUUCCUACACUAAGAGAGCCGCUAAGCAAGAAAUUUAUCACAAGCAGUGUGCUAGUUCGUGUAAUCUCAAAGAAAAUCAAUCAUCUAAAACUCUGAGUCCUUGUAAACCCACUGAGAAGGGUGAACCUGACCAUUGUGUGAUCAAUUCGUGCUUCAAAAUUUUAGAGAAAAUAAUUGACUGCUAUAAAGUUCCAAAUACAGUUGAAACCAGCGAAACUGAUCUGAAAGAUGCAAAUAUUUACCAAAGCAGUAUGCUAACACCUGAGAAGCAUCAGGCAAAACAUCUGAUGAACUCCAAAGAACUCGAAGACUUUGAAAGCUCACUUGCCAAGUUUGAAGCCAUGGAAGAAGCCUUGGUCCAGAAGGACAAACUAAUACAUAAAUUGAAAUAAGAAAAAGUUGAAAAUAGAUAAGAAAUCAAAAUCUAGGCUGAAGCUUGAAACUACUGUCAACUUUAAAGUCGAUCAAUUGAUUAAAGAUGUCAAGAAGAGUGUCACCUCUCUCAAUCAGAAAAAUAUGAUGAGGCCUAAUUCUGUGCAGAGAGGAUUUAAGAAAGUUAAAAUUGAAUCCAAUCAAGCUCUACAGAUAAGUAAGCAAAAAGGAAUGGAGAGGGAAUGAUCAACUCCAAUAUUUUUCCAAACAUUUGUUGGGAAAAGAAACAGCACUUUAUUGUCUUGUCAGCACUCCUUUGGAGAUACCCUGUGAAGUCCCAUAACUACACUUAAUGAAAAGAAGAGUAGCAAGGUGAUAAAGAUGAAGAUGUGUAGAAAGAAAAAGCCGCCUGUGUCAACUAAGACUUUGAAUACAACUAAAAACUCUCCAACCCGUGAUCACAAAAUUAAGACCCUCACAAAAGACGAAUUUCAGUUGUAUAGGUCCACUAUGGAUCAAUCCAAGAGUCCUGGCAAGGUAAAAUGUAAAUUAUGCCAUAAGAAAGGCAGGAUUAAGGACAUGCAAACCCAUGUGUGCUUUUCUGAUGGAUAAAAAGCCAGUAGAUCUGCGUUUUAAGGUAUUUAUUGAGACUAAAAUACGCAGGCAAGUAUAACUAUCAGUUAAAACAA